AUGUCUGCCAUGCAAAUGGAUGUUUCUGACAUUACAAUUAAAAAGGAAGAAGGGACUUUUGAAAGUCCACUGCAUUUUACCAGUUUUCCUGAACAAAAUGUACCUUCACUUAUUUCAAGGGAAGCUGUACAAAGUAGUAAUAGUGGUUUUUUGAAUGAACUGAGUGUUCCCUUAACGAUCACGGGAAUAAAUACCAAUCCAAGUGUUCCAAUAACUGGCAGUAUAAAUAGACCCUCCAGUCAAAACUUUGAAAAUAGUAAUACAAAUGUUCCGAGAGGUGUUCCUGUUGGAAAUGUUUCAAAUGUGAUUGAUCCUUCCGAUAGUUCAAAUAGUAAUACUGAUGGUUCUCAAGCAGCUUUUUCCUCAACUCAAAAAUACCUCUCACGAGAACCUCCACCAGCAGCGGAACCCGCAUCUUGGCAAAUUCCACCUAGUGCCCUACAACCAAAGAAAAAUUUGAAGAAUGUACAGUUUGAAAAAUACGAAGCACGUGUAUCUGAAAAUGUUCACGACACAGAGGCUUGGUUAAGUUUGCUUGCGGAAGUACAAGCGAAAGCAGAUAUAGAUAAAGUUAGAGAUACAUUUGAGCGGUUUCUACAAAAAUUCCCAACAUCGUCACGUCAAUGGGUACAAUACGCCGAAUACGAGCUCAAACAUGAAUAUUACGACAGAGUGGAAAGUAUAUUUGCUCGUUGUCUUCGCUCUGUCUUGUCAGUUGACCUAUGGAAAUUUUAUCUUAAUUAUGUGCGUCGUAUGAAUCAAGUGGAAAAGGGGUCAACGGCAAGCUCAAAUGCAAGGGCAACUAUUUCUGCCACUUAUGAAUAUGUUCUUAAUCACGUUGGUUUGGAUAAGGAUGCUGGAACUCUUUGGUGUGAUUAUUUAUUUUUCUUGAAAACUGGCGAAACUCAUAAUACUUGGGAAGAACAACAAAAAAUGGACAUUAUGAGAAAAGCAUAUCAAAAAGCCAUAUGCAUUCCUCUAAAUAAUGUUGAACUCAUUUGGAAGGAGUAUGAUCAAUUCGAAAAUGCACUGAACAAAGUCACGGCAAAAAAAUUUUUGCAAGACCGUUCGCCAUCGUACAUGACUGCACGAGCCGCUGUGAAGGAGAUGCGUCGGUUUACAGACAAAAUUAACAAAAAUCUGAUCCCAACACCGCCGAAAUGGAACAAAACAGAAAAAGAACAGCUCUCAUAUUGGAAAGAAUGGAUAGAAUGGGAAAAAUCAAACCCUUUGGCAUUAGAAGAUCAACAAGCACUGACACAAAGAAUAAUAUAUGUUUAUAAGCAGGCGAUGAUGUACUUGCGAUUUUAUCCUGAGAUAUGGUUCGAGGCCGCAAAUUACUGGGCGUCAAUCAAGAAAGAAGAAGAGACGGUAGCUUUAUUGAAAACGGCGAUGGAAAUAAUGCCCGAUAGGUUAUGA